AUGUCCCAAAGGACAAGAAAAACCUUAUCAAAACCCAUUAACGUAAGCAAGACUAAAAAUUUUCAGAAGUAUUCACACUCUAACACUACAAGAAGGAACCGUAAAUACCUCUGGCCGACAAAUGCCACAGCUGGACGAAUGGUGCGAACUGAAGAAUACAUCUCGUUCUCGGAUGGUGAUCGAAAAUUGCACGAAUACCAAGUUGUCGGCCGAAAACUGCCAAGUGCAAAAGAGAAAGUGCCUCGACUGUACAGGUUGAGACUUUUCGCGCCGAACGAGGUCGUGGCAAAAAGUCGGUUUUGGUACUUCCUGAAAAAACUUAAGAAAGUUAAAAAGGCAGCUGGUGAAUUGGUUUCGAUAAAUGAGAUUUUUGAAAAGAAACCGUUGCAGAUUAAAAAUUACGGUAUAUGGCUUCGUUACGAUUCGAGAUCUGAACUGACGCCGUUGAGUCCUGCUGUAAAUCAAGAUAUGGCAGCUCGUCAUCGUGCUCGUUUCUCAUCAAUCCAAAUUAUCCGUGUUGCAGAAUUGACUUCAAAUAAUGUACGUCGUCCUUACAUCAAGCAACUGUUAGUGCCUCGUCUCCGAUUCCCCCUUCCACAUCGCGUUGCUCGUGGCAACAAGAAAUCCACGUUCCUUGCAAAACGUCCUUCAACUUUCUAUUAA